UUUCCUGAGCGGCGGAGGCAGACAUGAGGCAGUGGUGAGAGCCCCGGCGGAGAGCUGCGGAGCUGAAAUGAAGCGCACACACGGAGCCGCUCACACCGUGCAGGAAGAGGCUCCGCGCCGCUAAAGCUGAAGGCUGCUCCGGCUGAAGGGCUCCGUCCAUGCGGAGGCUAGCGCUCAUUCUGCUGCCCUGUGCUGUCGCCGUCCUGGUGCACUUGUGGUUGGCACAACGACCCUCCUCCACCCCGCCGGACAACAACACACACUCGGAUGAACCUUUCUAUGAAGUUUUGGUGGGAGUGCUGUCAGCGAGACACCAUUAUGAACUGCGACAAGCGAUAAGGGAGACCUGGCUGGGCUACCUCCGAGAUCACCCCCACUUCCAGCACAGAGUGGGGGUGAAGUUCAUCGUGGGCGAACAUGGGUGUCCCGUUCCAGAAGAGGACAGAGAGGAUCCGUACUCCUGCUCCCUCCUGAACAUCACCGAGCCAGUAAUCUCUGCCGUCCCUCUGGUCCCAGCGGCAGGCCAGGAUGCAGAGAUAGAGAUCGUGACGGUGUCUGACCCCUCUGCGCUCGCCCCCUCCGACGUGUCGGCCAUCGCCCUGGAUUUCAAGGUCCUCCACCCGGUGGUGAUCACCAGGCUGGGGGUGUUUCCCAGCGGGACCCGGCCCGAGCUUCAGAGCAAUGUGACGGUGAAGCUUCUCCAGUUGGACCAGGAGGAAGCUGUGGUCACUGCUCGCUUCAGUGCCAUCAGCACCGGGACCCUGGUGAACGGGGUGUGGUACAAACCAGUGGAGCAGUUCAUCUUGCCCAAGGGUUUUGAGGGGACGCUGGUUUGGGAGAAUCUGGACUCUGCUGGACUGAGCACAGUUAACUCCUCCUCUGUGCAGCUCAGUGAUGGAGGAGGUGUCCUCAAGAUCUCCUCCAUUGCGGAGGGAAUAUUGCCUCAUAGGAGUGCGCUUGGAUUUCCAGGUCUGGCUGGAGGGUUCACAUUUACUAUCUACGAUGGAGACGGCCUAUCGGAGCUCCUGCGGGGCCGCCCAGCCAGGAUGGAGCACCAUGCCUCCAGGCUGCGGCAGGAGGACGCUGCCUUGCAGGAGGAGAGCCUCAGGCACGGCGACAUGGUGUUCGUGGACGUGGUAGACACCUACAGGAACGUGCCUUCCAAACUGCUUCAGUUCUAUAAAUGGUCUGUGGGAAACGCUGACUUUAAUCUGCUGCUGAAGACUGAUGAUGAUUGUUACAUCGACGUGGACUCAGUAUUAAUGAAGAUUGACCACAAGGGUCUCAAGCGCAGCAAUUUCUGGUGGGGGAAUUUCAGGCAGAGCUGGGCAGUGGAUCGCAUUGGGAAGUGGCAGGAGCUGGAGUACGCUAGUCCAGCCUACCCUGCGUUUGCCUGCGGCUCCGGCUAUGUGGUCUCUCGUGACCUGGUCCAGUGGCUUGCCAGCAAUGCAGAUAAACUGAAGGCUUACCAGGGGGAAGAUGUGAGCAUGGGGAUAUGGAUGGCAGCCGUUGGACCACAGAAAUAUCAGGACCCCGGCUGGCUGUGUGAGAAAGAGUGCUACUUGGACAUGCUGUCGUCUCCCCAACACACAGCCGAGGAGCUGCACAUCCUCUGGGACAGGAAGAGGGCCUGUGGAGACCCCUGCGGCUGUCCGUGGGGCCAUUAAAUCUGGUUCACACCACACUCACCAGGUGGCGCUGUGGGUAAAAUGCACUCAACACUUGUUGUCAGUUCAGUUUCUGUGGUUUACUUAAAACCCAAAACUGAGAGUUUUACCAGUUAUUAUUAUUAUUAUAUGAUAAUUAAAAAAAACACUUAGAUUUUUGAAAUGUGAGACUUUCUGUUGGAAAAUAAUCUUAAAAACUUUGAGAUUUCAUUGCAGGUUCUUAAUAUUAGCAAAAAAAAUACUGUGCCAACAUAAUAAAACCAUUUGUAGCUUCAGAAUAUGUUGAGAACUCACAUUUAGCUGUAGCCUCUUGUCAGUAUUUGCAUCAUGAACUCAGUUUGAGAUUGAAAAUGUCUUCAGUAGAACAAACAAAAUGUAGAAAAGUUAAUUUAGUAAUGUGAUAACUGACAGGGACGGACAUGUGCAAUACCAGCAUGUGACGGUCAUCAUGUACAGACUCGUUGCUGUAAGACUUGAGUACUUUAGUAUCAAGAUAAUUAUUGGUAUUAUCUGAUACUUGACAGACUUUAAACCUUUUGGUUUAAAAAGGAUAUUUGAUGGAAUUUUAAAGGUGAUUGCUUUACAUUGCUAUAUUUUGUAAAUUAUUGUCUCAAGCUUUUCAUCCUCUUCACUAUUUGUAGAUUUAUGACGAGCUUUGUCACAAACACACACAGUUUGUACUGUUAAUUGUCAUUGUGCAAAUAGUGAUGUGGCCUUACUGUAUUUGUUAGGCGUCAUACUGUAUGUAUGUUAACACUUGUGAUAUCGACACAGAUUUAAAUCGGUGUGUUUGCAGCACACGUUUUUUUGGAAACUUGACGAAGCAGUCGGGUGACUGUGAAAGAGACUCACUGGUCUGGUUUUAUGAAACACUCCUCACAGGAAAUAAAGAACACUUAAGAGAGA